CCGGUUUAGUUUCACCGACAGUUCUCUAAUAUUUUUGAUAAUUUUGAAGAAAUAUGUGUAGAUUUUGUCUAAAUGAUAUAGCUGAGAGUUACAUAAAAUGGCCUAAAUGAUGUUCCUGUGCUGCCAUGUGCCCCCCCUUAGCAUGAAAGGAUGUGAAAGCUGAGGUUGAAGUGGUUACGAACUGAAUAAUGCAGGAGGGCGUUGACUUGUUCUGUGGCUAACAUUCUCCGAGUCUUGGUGGUGUCGGGAGUGCGCGACUCACGUCCGCUUUAUUAGUCGCCGAACAGUCAGACAGAGACACAAACAUCCACAUGUUAAACUGGUCGUCAGCAUAUUAAGCUUUCCUUUUCAUUUUGUAUGCAAAGACAAACAAGCAAUUGUCAGUGGAAAGUCACUUUGAAAGUGUUGUUUUGUGAUAUUUUCAUUUUAGAAAAUAUUACGGAGAAUAUACAUGUGAUUCAUUAUGUCUCAAGUCAUUGCACCAAUAGUUACUAAGACAACAAUUGAACAUAAAGAUCUGAAGGACAUUUCAUGUCCCAGGUCCCCAAACAGUAAUCAGACAACUUUUGAAACGUCCAACAGAUACGUCCAGUCCUAUCUGUCCUAUGAUAUUUUUUCAGCUAUUGAAGAAGGAUGUCUGACAUCUGUGAGAAAUAUACUUCUGUCCUAUCCAGACUUGGAUUUGAAUUUCCACAUCAAAGAUGUGACGCCAUUGUCAUUAACAUUGUACAAAAGAAAUUUUGAAAUCUUUCAUCUCUUCAUGCGACAUUAUGAAAAAAUAAGGAAGAUAGACUUGAACAUGAGCAGUAAGGAUCACCUCGACAGAGUUGAGCCACCAAUCAUAACGUCUUGCCGGAUGCAUUUUUUAGAAGGUGUUGUCACACUCGUAGGUCAGGGUGCAGAUAUAGAUGCAUUCGACAAUCAAGGGCACACUGCAUUAUGGGUAGCAUCUCGACAACAGAUGCCAGAUCUGGUGGAGUACCUGAUUUUAAAUGGUGCUAGUGUGAACAAAAUGGACAAGUUCCACUGUACUCCUCUGCUAGCAGCUCUGAUGUAUCGUGUGAGUUCGAUCAUCCUCAAAACUCUAAUCAUCAAUGGCAGCAGUCUCGGAGGAGCGGGGCCCUUCGCACUGGCAGAGCAGUCGCCACUGUUCUGGGCAGCUAAACACGGAAACGUGGAGAUUAUUAAACUGGUGCUGACCGCGGGUGUGCCCCCCGCACAGAUUCGAUCAGUGCGAAUGGCGCUGCAGAACAGUGAUAUAGAUGUGGAUGUUGUCGCACUGCUCGACACCAAGUUGAAAAUGCCUCAGUCUUUAAAACAUCAAUGCAAAUGUGUAAUACGAUCCUUCUUAAGUGAGCAGUCAAUGGGCAAACAUUUUGUGAAGAAUAUUUCUGACUUGCCUCUCCCUUUAAGUGUUAAGCAGUAUUUACUCCUAAACAGAUGAGACCAACCUUUUAGAAAAAAAGCAUUUUCUGCUUAUAUAUAAGCAGUACUCGGUAGCUGUAAUUGUUUAUUAGACUCCGUGUUUAAACAGUUACUUCAUAGAACAAUUUAGCAGUUUACAAAUCGUUUUUGAAAGUAUUUUUCGUCAAAUUCAGUUUUCUUAGCCAUAUAAUCUGCACAAAAAAGGUUUGCGUGUAAAAUAUUUUAAACACACACCUUUUUUUGCUGUUUAUUAAAAAAAAUGUAAUGACCAAUUUUCAAGAAUUCAUGAAAAAUGAUCAGAACAUUUCAAAAUACAUAUUCACCAAAUUUAGAUAAAUUUGAUGAGUUGAACCUAUUUUUCUUUUACAAAUAUAUCAAGGUAUCUACUGUGCUUUGCAGGGGCAGAUUGCAAUUACAAGUAAUUGAAAGUAUUAAAAAUAAGAUGAACACAAUGAAAAAUGUGUCAUCUAGCACUACAUACAUGCACAUAUAACAUGGUGAUCAACCAAAUCUUGUUCUUAAAAAAGGGUGACAAAUAAAUUGGAAGAGUUAGUAGAACUUUAAUAAUGUAACAGAUUUAUGAAAAAAUAAAUAAUCUAUUCAUGCAACUUCAACAAGCAAAAAGAAAAUGACACUAAAAUGUUCAUAUUCAAUCUGUCGUACUGUCCGUACUCUGUUUUAAUCAAUAUACAUGUGUACUAAGCUAGGAUUCCAUUUGCAGGGGUUUUGCUUUAGGAUUUCACAGGUUGCCACAUAUACAGUCUUUAAAACAUGUUUUUCUUUUUGCCCUCUGUACUGUUAAUGAAUGGUUGUGUGCUCCACAGUUGAGUACUAUACAAAUCAGAAAUGAGGUAAUUGAAAUGUAUUAAUUUAACUGUUCUCAAUAAGUUUGUUUUCUUUUUCCAUUUAAUUAUUUAAUUCCUACUUCAUGCAGUGUAUUGUCAUAGUAAGUGAAUCUACAAAUGUCAAGCUUAGCCUACCCAGAGGCAAUUAGAUGCAUUCCAGAGUCAAACUUUCUUAAUUGAUACACAGUUGAGGAAUCCCGGUCAAAACCCCUUCCGGUCAAAACCCCCUCAGUCAAAAACCCCACAGUCAAAAAAAACCUCCAGUCAAAACCCCCUGCAAUAAAUGGUCAAAUGGUAAAAAAACAAACUUUUUUUUGUGUUGUAUUUAUGGUGGUAAAAUUAGUAUAAUGUUGAUAUAGAUGGAUAAUUGUUUUAAUUUUUUAUAAAUAAUUCUCUGAAA